UCCACGGUCAGACCACAUCCUUUGAGCUGAACAUAUAAAGCUGAGCAUCACAGUGAGUUUCAGUGCAUUCAGCGUCUGAUCAAAGAGGGAAGAAGAAAUGUCCUGCCUGAAUAAUUUCAGUCUUCUCAUCUCAUGUGUGCUCCUGUUCAACAUCCAGCCAGGUCGUGGUUCUGAGAUUAUUAAUGGGAAAGAAGUCAAGCCACACUCACUACCUUACAUGGCUUAUGUGAGAAGUGAAAAAAGUUGGUGUGGAGGGACAUUAAUCCAUCCACAGUGGGUGCUGACAGCUGCCCACUGCUCUGGGAUAGUUCAAGUGACCCUGGGAGCCCACUCCAGAGUGAAAAACGAAUAUUACAAGCAAAUCCGAGCCAUUGAGGAAAGUUUUCCUCAUCCUAAAUACUGUUGUGUAAAAUACGGCAAUGACCUCAUGCUGCUGAAGCUUAAGGAACCGGUGAGGAAAACCAGGGCAGUGCAGUGGCUCGAGUUUGGCGACACUGUGAGAGACCCGGCAGCUGGCAGCAGGUGUCUGGUGGCUGGAUGGGGAGUAACUGAAAACAACCAAACAUCAGACGUCCUCAUGUCUGUCAAUGUGACUGUGGUCGACAGACAGACGUGCAACUCUCGUGAUUAUUACAACCACAGUCCUGAGAUCACCAAACACAUGAUAUGUGCUGGUUCAGAUGGUACAAACGUCGCUGAUACCUGUCAGGGGGAUUCAGGAGGGCCGCUGUUGUGUGAUGGAGCGCUGGUUGGAGUCACUUCUUUUGGACGGGGUUGUGGUAUCAUUAAAAAACCUGGAGUCUACUCGUUUAUCUCACAGAGACAACUGUACUGGAUCAAAACUAUGAUGAAGUAUUUCUAAACGUGUGAAACCACCAGCAUCAGUCUGCAUGAUUUGAUGUUACAUCUGUCAGUGCUGUCUCUGUAGACCAUUAUUCAGUUUAUCAUUUUACCGUUCCUCUUACAGUUUAUGAUAAUUUAGUUUCUGCCAGCUUGCUAUACUUUUUUAUAGAUUCUGCACUUGGCUAGUCCACCACAUGAUCUUAUGGCAGAUAAAUUUGACUGACCUCUUAACCACAUUUUAGGCCCACUUUAAACAAAAUUGGAAACACUGUUUGAAAUUCUACCAUCUUUCACCACACAAACCAGACAGAUACAUGGUUAUAUCUAAUCUUCAUUUUUUCAAAUAAAUUAAAGAAUUCCCAAACAGGAGUGCUCCUGGUUGUUGCAGAUGAGUGCGGCUGCAGUAAAACCAGGGAUUAGCAAUUUUUAUGUACACACAAAACCAAUGAAUGUAAAACAGAGAGAUUAUUCAGACUGUCAAACAGACAGAUUCAACAGCUCAUAUACAACCAACUGAAACACAAACGAAGCUUGUGAACAGGUUUGUUGAAAAAGAUUUUUUAAAAAUUGUAACAUUCUUUGUUUUUUCAUUUCACAUUAUGACUGCGUGCUUGAAAACCAAAAAAAACAAACAUAUUUUUUCUACUUGCUACUUUUUCUGCUUUCUAAUAAAGCUGGAGGCAUGAAUAAAAAAA